UUUUACAUAUAAAAUUGUAUAUUACUUUCUUUUCCCCAAACGUGUCUCUCUUUGUAGUUAAAAAAAAAGUUUCCCUCUCUCUCUUUCUCUCUUCUUCCCCACCGCCGCCGUCAUGACAAAAUGCAUAUACACAGUGACGCAAACACACAACCCCAUUGUUAAAUAUAUACUUUUUUUUUUUUCAUACAUACAAUAAGAAAGUGUGUGUAAUCCAAAAAGAAGUCUGGCGGACAUUUAAAAUUUGCAUAGUGCGUGGCUAAUUGACAAGUCCCCAAAAAGUCAGAUCUUUCGAUUAUGCUAAACAUAUUUACUGCUGCAUACGAAGGCAAGCUCUUUGUUGUCCAACAGCUUGUCGAUAGGGUCUCUGCUGCUGUCAAAGAAAAAGACGAGGACGAUCGCACUCCAUUGCACUGGGCUGCAUCCGGAGGCCAAGGUGACAUUGUCGACUACUUGAUCUCUAAAGACGCCUCAAUAAACGUCGUAGACGAUUCUGGCUGGUCACCACUUAUGAUUGCAGCAUCUGCCGGACAUAUUGCUUCAGCAGAAAGUCUCGUAAAGCAUGGUGCUGACGUGUUUCUCCAAAACGAGACAGGUCAAACUGCUUUACAUUAUGCAGCUUCAAAAAACCGAAUUGAAAUCGUCAAGCUAUUAUUAGCAAACAAGGCCCAGCCCAAUCAAAUCAAUAACAUCAAACAAACCCCAUUGUAAAGUUAUCUUCGCAACCUUGAGGAACAAUGUAUAAAGACAGUAGAGUUGACAUGAUUGUAAAUAUAUAGACAUCGAGCCGCCGCUCAAGGCUUUACGGCGGUCGUCAAACUCCUGCUCGCGGCAAAAUGUCGAGUCAAUCCCAAGGACGCUGAAGCAAACACGCCAUUGCAUUUGGCAUGCGAAGAAGGUCACGGAGACACGGCAGCGGUGCUUUUGCAGCAUGGGGGUAACGCGGAUCAAUUGAAUGCCGAAGGAAAGUCGCCUGUGGAUGUAUGCAGAACCAAAGAAGUACGACUCUUUAUUGAGAAGCAUAUCGAAGAAGAUGUAUAAUAAAUAAAAAAAACGAGCACCUUUCCAUCACAAACGA